AAAGUUUACAAUCAAGUAAAGAGGAACCUCUCUGAAACAAGCAAUAUUCAACUCAUAUCAGUUGUCCCUUAUAUGGGACACAAAGCGACUGACCAUCCACGGUUAGCCGCGCCUUGUUCUUUGUUAGAAAAACAUUAGAAUCCCUUUUGGUGUAUCAUUCCUACCCGUCGGUUAAAUUGCUCCUUCUGCCAUGUUAGUAUACUAGUAGUGUAACCGUUAAUCUUCUCGUUAUCAUCCAUGCAUCGGACUUAUCAGUGAGCAGCCUUAUCGGAGAUUGCACCUCAAAAGUUGAUCGUUGUACCCUUGCGAACAGAGAAAAACAUUCUCAUAGCAAGCCGGCAGCACGCUAGUGUCGCAAAGACAUGGAACCCCACGUAAGGCUCGUUACGGGAUCGAUUGAUCGUGUUUUCACUGGUCGGCAGCCGUGGCAGAUUGUUGCCAUCACCACGACGACGGUGCUCGGUACGAUCUGGCUCUGGCAAGUGCUGUUUCAAGAGGAGAGUGUUUACCAGCGAGCCAAAAAGAAGGUGUUCAAACUAGCCCGGCUUAUACCCGCUGUGCGCCGGAGGGUCGACGCUGAAAUCGAGAAGAUCAACGAUGGCUUUGUAAAGGACAUCAGCCAGAAGGGUAACUACUACGCGGAGCUACCGAAUGAUGGAAUAGGACACGGGGAAAUACUGAAGAAAGUGGACGACUAUCUCGAACUCGGUCAUUACCGCUGGAAGGAGGGCUUUAUCUCCGGUGCCGUUUACUACUACAACCCAGAGCUGAUAAAGCUGGUGACAGAAGUUUAUGGUAAGGCGUCGUACACUAACCCGUUACAUCCCGAUGUGUUCCCGGGGGUGUGCAAAAUGGAAGCUGAAGUCGUACGGAUGACCGCAAACCUGUUCCAUGGUAGUCCGUCCGCCUGCGGUACCAUGACAACGGGUGGCACAGAAUCAAUCAUGAUGGCAUGCAAAGCGUACCGCGAUUAUGCUCAUGAAAAUCGUGGGAUUACGAAACCGAACAUGGUGCUUCCUGUAACAGCGCACACAGGAUUCGACAAAGCGGCUAAAUAUUUGGGAAUUUUCACAAAGGUAGUCCCGGUGCACGCCGAUUCGACGGAGGUGAACAUUGCGGCGAUGGAACGAGCCAUCAAUCGGAACACGGUCAUGCUUGUCGGUUCGGCACCCAACUUCCCGUACGGCACAAUGGACGACAUCGAGGCAAUUGCAAAGCUUGGCCGGAAGUACAACAUCCCCGUGCAUGUCGACGCCUGUUUGGGUGGAUUCUUGAUCAUUUUCAUGAAACGUGCCGGCUAUCCUGUUCGUCCGUUUGACUUUAGCAUCCCCGGCGUGACGAGCAUUUCGGCAGACACGCACAAGUACGGCUACACCCCGAAGGGGUCAUCUGUGAUCCUUUACUCAAAGAAGGUAUACCGUCACUAUCAGUACACGGUGACAACGGACUGGCCUGGCGGCGUGUACGGAUCCCCGACGGUGAACGGGUCUCGCGCCGGAGGGAUCAUCGCAGCCACGUGGGCAACCAUGAUGAACUUUGGGCUGGACGGUUACGUCGAGGCAACGAAGCGUAUCAUCGACACGACGCGUUACAUCGAACAACAACUUCGUGCCAUUAAAAACAUCUUCAUCUUCGGCACGCCGGCAACGAGCGUGAUCGGCAUCGGGUCGAGAGACUUUGACAUUUAUCUGCUCGGAGGUGAAUUGAACAGCCUAGGAUGGAAUUUGAACUCAUUGCAGUUUCCUUCCGGCAUACACAUCUGCGUGACGUACAUGCACACCGAGAACGGUGUGGCGGAAAAGUUCAUCGAGCACGUGCGCGCGAAGGUGGCGCUUAUCAUGCAAAAUCCCACCAAACCCGUGGAAGGUAAGAUGGCAAUCUACGGCGUGGCUCAGUCCGUCCCGGAUCGCGAGCUGAUAGGAGAUUUUACAAGAUGCUUCAUCGACUCGAUGUACUACACACCGGUCGAUAAGCAAGCGACCAAGUGAAGUAGGCGUUGAAUUUAUCAAAAUAUACAUCACAGUUCAAUGAAAGGAAAAAACCAAUCCGACUCAAAGUCGUCUUAAAUAAAGGUUUCAUUUCUCGAAGAAGUGAGUAAGUAACACUGA